GCGACGAAACAGGAAACGUUGCAGUCGAGAGUGUUUUUUAAAGCAUGGCGGGGGUAGAUGGAGAAAAGAAACCGGUAUUGGAGAUGGUGCAGGCUGAUGGCGCAGACGAGGGCUGUGUGACGUUUGUUCUACAUGAGGAGGAUCACACUCUGGGGAACUCUCUACGCUACAUGGUCAUGAAGAGCCUGGAUGUGGACUUCUGUGGCUACAGCAUCACCCACCCCUCUGAGAGCAAGAUCAACUUCCGCAUCCAGACACGAGGUGGAGUUCCAGCAGUGGAGCCUUUGAGAAGAGGACUGAAUGAGCUCACUGACGUCUGUCAACACGUCCUCAACACCUUCCAGAGGCGGGUGAGUGAGUUCAGAUCACAGCAGGAGGACGCCAUGGAGUGAGGAGCCAACAGGACAUGAAACACACGUCUCUGUCUUUUGAUCCUAAUGCUGUACAUUGUUGAUAGUUAAGCCAGAAAUAUGAUUUUUCCCCCCCAAUGAACCAAUAUCAUGUUGUAUUAUUAUUGGAAGAGUGUUUGUUGGUCUAAACUUUAGUAAAGUGUUUUAUAAGAGAA